CGCGACGACAGACGGAUAUUUGGGUGAUUUGACGCUCCUGUGGGGAGAGGGGUGCCGGCGCUCUAGCCGCGCUUCGGACGGGGCGCUAGGCCGCAUGCAGGUCUCGGAUCAGCGCUUGGCUUGGACCCGACGCUUGGUGUGGCACCAGCUGUUCCAGCCUGUCUCCUCUUCCCACCCUCCGCAGACCAAGAAGCGCCAAGUUCGUUCAAGCCUUCCUCGCUGUGCCUUGCCGCUCCAACAUCGUCGCCCACAUCGAAGCCGCGCUCGAGGCCAUGCCGCCAGUCUGAAGAUCGAUGGGAGAACACGCCCCGCCACCCGCUGCUGCUGGACCAGUAUAGUCACCGAGGAUGGGGCUUCCCGCGGCGUGGAGGAGGGCCCAGCCGACCAACACCGAGUCCUUUCGCCACUGCACCCCGUUUACGCUCCCCUCGCUGGGCGUCAUAGAAAUCGCGCCGGGGAAUACCAUCACGCUCGAGACCGACGCCGUCUUCACGCCGCAAUGCCCGACCACCGAGCAGUCGCAAGUCAACGCGGAGGACUCGGGAGGCGUGACGAGCAUUACCGACAUGCGCGACCCCUUCCAUGCCUCUAUUACUCCGCAGGCGUAUGCGACGGGCGCCGCGACCGUCAUUGCCUGGAUGCUCGUCAUUAUGCUCAUCAUAACACCGCGAACCUUCUUCGUUGGGGGACCGUCAGGACGCUCGGGAUUGAUGGGACGACGCGGCAUGAUUAGCGGAGCGCAAGGAGGAGGAUCCAUUAUUGGCGUUGGAACACGGCCGUGGCUGCAAAAGGUCGCUGCGCUGACCGUCGCGGUGUCGCUGACGCUCGCCACCGCCGACACAUUCGAGAUCGCCGAGAGACAGUACAACGAGGGGUUCAUGGAUGCAAUGCAGCUGCGAGACGAGGUUGUCUCGGGCAUGGAGAUCAAGGUUUCACGCGUUAUAUCAGAUGUGUUCCUCUGGCUCGCCCAGGUGCAGACCCUGAUUCGCCUAUUUCCGCGCCAUAAAGAGAAGGUCAUCAUCAAAUGGGUCGGAUUCGCCCUCAUUCUCCUGGAUAUUACCUUUAGUUCCCUUAACAGCUUCGGUCCGUACACCGAGAAGCGCAGUCCUCGACAUUUCGAAACCGCCAUCCCCGCAUUGAGCUACCUUUUCCAGUUAUCCCUCAGCAUGCUCUACGCGGCCUGGGUCAUGUAUUACGCUAUCACGAAGCGAAGAACCGCUUUCUACCACCCCAUGAUGUGGAACAUUUCUCUUGUCGCUCUUCUUUCCAUCGUCGCCAUCCUUACACCUGUUGUUUUCUUUAUCACCGAUAUUUCUAAUUAUACCAUCGCCGGUUGGGGAGAUUAUUUCAGAUGGGUCGGAGCCGCCGCCGCCAGUGUCAUCGUGUGGGAGUGGGUCGAGCGCAUUGAAGCUCUAGAAAGAGAAGAACGGAAAGAUGGUAUCUUAGGGAGAGAGAUCUAUGAUGGGGACGAGAUGCUCGACACCACGCCCUCACACGAGCUCAAUUGGCCUAGUAUGCAGCGUCGCGGCUAUAUGGCGGACGACCCGAAGAGAUCCGGAGACGACGGGUCUGGAAGAGGUGGCGGCAUCUUCGCAUCGGGUCACGCAGCCCGUUUACAUAGCUUCGCUCAGAAGCUAAGCCUGUCAAGAAGGCAGCUGCCGAAGACCGAACCACACAAGAAACGAACCAUCCAUAUCCCGGCGCCGGCGCCUGUUCAUCGCCGGUCACAGUCUGCACAGCGCGGUGAACGCAGCUCGCGAGCCUACGCACCGCUACAGAGUCCACGGAGUCCACCGCCUACGGUCGCCUCUCCUGUUAGCCGGACAGACACAACAAGCGCAGACAGCACCGUGUAUGCGGUGCGAUAUCAUCCCAUCAGCAAUACUCCUCCUGUACCCAAUCAAGCCGUGCCUAUCGAAGAGAGAUUACAACGCGUGCCUUCCCCCGAUUAUGAGCACGCACAGGAUCCUCACCAAUCAGAUACGGACAUCGAUCCGGAAAAGGGUAUCGAAAUCAUAGAAGACACAAAUGCGAGCCGGGAUAGAAGGCGAUGGAACUGGCAAGCCGUUGUCAAUGUGAAUCCGUUUCGGCGACGAGGCCGUUCACCGCCCCCAGAGGUCCAGCGUGGACGCGUCAUCGAACCCCUCGGAGUAGAAGAUGUCUCGCUCAACAUCCCUCAACGGAAUUAUACUGGUUUGGCUUUGAAAGACCGGCUGGGGACCUUUGCGGCACAGCAAGGAGAACGGUUCAGAUCGAAGAAGAAACCCCCGCAGGGAGUCGAGAUGAAUCUGCCUGUUACCAUCAUCCCAGCUCAGCCACGUGGAAGAACAUGGUCGCCGGAGAUUCUCCAACAGCAACAGCAACGAGAAGAGAUAUCAACGGGAGAAGCGGUUCAGGUUGCUAUCGAUGCGCCCAGCCCAGCACCUCUGCCUACCAUGGAUAACGACUCGUCGCCCGCGCAGGCAGAUGAAUCCAAUGGCUCGCCUCCAGGAGAGGCUCCUUCGACAGUGCCGAAUCGAGCGUCUCGCAUACGCUUCACUCCAGAGACCUUCCAGCGGCCAGGUGCCCGACAAAAUGAGCAAGAAAUGAGAGCCCCUUCUCAACCGCCUUCCUCUGUGGCCCAAGGUCCCGAGAUUGGUGAUCCUGCACCUGAGACGAAUAUCACCCCGCAAGCACCUAGGGAGCACUCCAGCAGACCUGGUUCCCCCGAGCCUCAGCAACAGAGACCUACCAACCACGACAGAUAGUCCUUACGGGACUCUUUUCCUCUAUCAUUCUUCUCCCAUCUUGCAACAUCCUUCGGUGUCAAUAUUACGUGAGACACAUACAAAGAUCCUGGCCUCACCAGUAUUUGCAUAUUUUCGGGUGGGAGCGCUCGGCUUCUACAAAGCAUUGGCAUGACUUUUGGCGAAUGGCUGUGGUUUCGAUUUAGGUCAUGGAUUUAGGGACACGUCUUGUUAGCAUCGCGCCGCUUAAGGAUACCCCCGGGUUAUGAGACUCGGUCUGGCUGUUGAAUUGGUGUUUGGGUCCGUCCGGUCGGGAUUGGGGACGGGCAUAUCGGUGUGUGCAUCGCUAGGACGCGAUGAUGGAG